CACUACGGGCUGGCUUGACUGACAGUUAACCACAGUAGCUCCACGCAAGGGGUGGGGGGCAGUGGAGGGAGAAGUCGGCACUGUGCAAUACAGUAAAUAAGAUUAAAGUACUGAGCCUCGAAAUAGUAGUAGCAGACUGUUUCGUGCAGACGUUGCCUCAUGUGCUCAGGCUUGAAAACUCGUGGAGAGACCGUCUAAAUUGGAGCUACACUCUACAGUCAGAGCGACAGCUAGCUAGCUACUAUUUUCUUUCUGAAGAUUGUGCUGGACCUCUCUCCCUUGCAUGCAUGUGUCGAAGGGAGGGAGGGAAGCGUCAUUGAGGAUGAUUUGAAUUGCCCUGCUCCCUUGUUGAAAUAUUUUACAGUGUAUAAGAUAAGUUUACAUUUUACCGGGCAAACAAGACAACUCUUGUGCCAUGGAAAGCCAAGCAACCGAACCGCAGAAUUACGAGGACGUUCGGAAGAGCGGCUACCUACGAAAACAGAAAUCCAUGCACCGGCGAUACUUUGUGCUCCGGACGGCCUCAGAACGGGGCCCGGCCCGGCUCGAGUACUAUGAGAGCGAGAAGAAAUUCCGUGGAAAGGCACCGAUUCCGAAAAAAGCCCUGGCACUUGAAACGUGCUUCAACAUCAACAAACGGGCUGAUUCGAAAAAUAAGCACAUGAUAGUGCUGUACACGCGGGCGGAGAGCUUUGCCGUUGCUGCAGAGAACGACACUGAUCAGGACGAAUGGUACCAGGCCAUGGUGGAUUUGCAGUGCAAAAGUAAGACCCCAACUGACAGCAGCGGUGCGGGGGACUAUGGUGUGCCCAAUCCUGGCCCCGCCUUCAAGGAGGUGUGGCAGGUGAAGGUGUGGCCUAAGGGCCUGGGCCAGGCCAAGAAUCUGGUGGGCGUCUACCGGCUGUGCCUGACGGAAAAGACGGUGAACUUUGUCAAGCUCAACUCGGACGCGGCCGCCGUGGUGCUGCAGCUGAUGAACGUGCGGCGCUGCGGACACUCGGAGAACUUCUUCUUCGUGGAGGUGGGCCGCUCGGCCGUCACGGGACCGGGCGAGUUCUGGAUGCAGGUUGAUGACUCCGUGGUGGCCCAGAACAUGCACGAGACUCUUCUAGAAGCCAUGAAAGCCCUGAGUGAGGAAUUCCGCCAGCGCAGCAAGUCCCAGUCCAACUCCGGCCCUGGAGGGGGCGCCACAGCCUCCAACCCCAUAAGCGUCCCGUCUCGCCGGCACCACCCCAACCCCCCACCGAGCCAGGUGGGCUUCACCCGCCGGCCCAGAACUGAACCCCCCGUCGGGGCAAACGGGACGGGUGGAGGGGGGAACAGCGCCAACGCCUCCCCCACGCCCCGACACAGCUUCCCCAGGUCUCACUCCACCAGCGACAGCAAGGGGGACGAAGGGCCAGGCAGGGGCACGGCAACCGGAAGCCCCACCACAAACGGCUCGUGUUCCACCACGCCCAUUCUCAGGUCCAAGUCGGCACGUUCUGCUUUGACGCCGGCCAAGAACUCCCUGGGACUGAUGCGUUCCAUCUCCACGCCCACGCCCUCGCCGGCCCCCAGCCUCUCCUCCAGCUCCGGCCACGGCUCCGAGUUCGGGGGGUUGGGGGGAGCCACGGGCGGAGGGGGAGGAGCCGGCGCCUACACCCGUAUUAUCUCGCAGUGCACCUCCGUGUCGGGCUCCCCCAGCGACUAUGGCUCCUCGGAUGAGUACGGCUCCAGCCCCGGCGAGCACUCCCUUCUGGCCCCCUCCCCCGGCCUGCCCGGAGGGUCUGUGGGCAGCCUGGGGGGCCCGUCCCUGGGUGAAGAGACAAACUACAUUCUAAUGGGUCAGCGUGGUGGUGGUGGUGGGAAUGGGAAUGGGAAUGUUGGCGGUCCUACCUCCAGCUCCUUGCCUGGUGCUGGAGCUCCCUCCUCCAGCUCCCAGGCCCAGACCAGAAGGGUGCUCCGCCGGUCCUCUAGCCGGGAAUGUGAGGCCGAGCGCAGGCUGCUGAGCAAGCGGGCCUCCUUGCCACCCAUGGCACUGGAGAGGCUGGCCCCGCGACUUCGCAGGGGGGAGGAGGAGGAGCCCGACGAGGACGCCGCCGACUACGCCAUCAUGUCUCGGAGCACCAGCCGAGAGUCCUUCACCACCACCUCCUCCUCCUCCACCUCCUCCUCCGCCAGGAAAGAGUCAGGGAUGGCUGCUGGAGGAGGAGGCGCAGGCUACCUCGACGUUGCCGGGGAGAUCAAAGCCGAAGGAGGUGGUGGUGGAAAGGUCAUAGGGGUGGAUAACGGCUACAUGUCCAUGUUGCCAGGGGUUACCGCCCCCCCAGUUUCCCUGUCCCACUCGCUGUCCACGUCGGACUCGGAGUCCAAGCCCGCGGACGACUACAUGGCCAUGACCCCCAACAACAGCGUGUCGCCGCCACAGCAGAUCCGCCCGCCGCCAGGCUCCGACGGCUACAUGAUGAUGUCACCCAACAGCAGCUGCUCCCCUGACCAGCGAGGCGGGCUCGGGGGCGGGGCCUGGAUGGGCAGCGGCAGCGCCGACAGCCGGGUGGGCAGCGACUACAUGAACAUGUCGCCCAUCAGUGCCCGCUCAGCCAAUAGCAGUCCGCCGCCACCGGAGCACCCCUCCCAGAUGGACCAUCAACCCCCACAGCCGGCACCCAAGAUGGUCUACUCUUUCUACUCCCUGCCCCGCUCCUACAAACACAUGCCUUCUAGCGGACACUUUGAGGAAGGGCCAGGGCGAGGGAGAAGGCCCAACGGGAGCAGCAGCAGGGGGACGGGAGGAGGCAGAGCGGCGGGCGGACGCGAAGACCAGCCUUUGGGGGUAGGGGCAGCGGUUGGCCGCCAUUUCUCCCUCUCCUCCUCCUCCUACUCGUCCAGCUCAGCCAGCAGCGAGAGCUUGGGGGAGAGCGACGAGCGUGUGGCCCAGGGGGCAGGCCCCUCUGCUGGGGAAGCCCACUCCAAAAGCGCCGGUAACCUCCAGCAGCGGAGAGGAUCCGCAGGGCCCAAGCAGGGCCAGCAAGGGACCGGCCGGACCAGGCCUGUGAGCCUAUUUGUGGACGUGUCCAAAGCCAACACCCUGCCCAGGGUCCGGGAGAAUCCUCUUGCCCCGGAGCCCAAGAGCCCUGGCGAAUACGUCAGCAUCGAGUUCAAGGGGGAGAAGAGCCCCCGCGGUGGGGUUAGUGGGGGGGGCGGGCGAGGGAGGGGCUUACGCCACGGCAUGUCCUUGCCCCAUGGUUCCACCCACCAGCGGCCCCUUCACCGCCCCGCAUCCUGCCUGGGGGGGUUCCUCCCUCUCUCCCACAGCCCCUCCACCCCCGUCACGCCUCCUUCUGGCUCCGAGUAUGUCAACAUGGACCUGGGCCCCUCUCCGUCCCCCUCGCCCCUCUCUCUGACCCCCCUGGGCUUUCCUUCGUUCCCCACCCCUCUCACGCCCCCGGCCCUGGCCACGGUGCCCAAGGCCUGUGACGAGCGCAGCGCUACCCCCCAGGAGGACGCGUCGAUAGGGGCGGAGGCAGGGCCGAGGAGGACCAGGCAGACCAUCCCGUCCGUGUCGGAGUCGGAGUCGCCACGGUCCUGUGGGGACUACACUGAGAUGGUCUUCAGCCUGAAUAACAACACCAUCCCCAACUUGUCCAAUGUUUCUCCCAAAGCCCCCUCCCCCUCCAGGCCCGACACCACAGGACUGACCCUGGGGCUGGACUUCCCUCUGGCCAAACCUGGGCCCAACCCAGACCACGGCGCCAAAGUGAUACGGGCCGACCCCCAGGGCCGCAGACGUCACUGCUCCGAAACCUUCCUGGCCUCGCCCUCCCUUCCUACCACCUCCGCCUCUUCCUCCUCUACCGCCUCCCUGUUCCCUGAGCAAGCCCAGGCCGUGGCUCGCAGACUGGGCUUCGACAGCAUGCUCUGGGGGCCCGUGGGAGACCCGCCCACGCCGUUUCUCCAUCCCUCACCGUCCUCCCAACCCGCCGCCCAGGCUUCGUCCAUAGAGCAAGGCCUCAAUUACAUAGACUUGGACUUGGCCAACAAAGAGAGCCCUCAUUCGAGCCUGGACGGCUCCUCCACCAGCCUGGCCGUCCCCUCCCGGCUGUACUCGUCCGUGCUGAGCAGCGGGCCGCUGGCGCCAGAAUGGAAGCAAGGACGGCACAGAAUGCUGAUGUCCGUGGAAUCAUGGGAAAUGCUGGGAGUCAUUGCGAUCCCUAUGAGCUCCUCCACAUCCUUAAGUGACAAGCCAAUUGGAUCGAGGGAGGAAGCCGACUAGACACGCCCCAAAAGCACUUUGAAAUGACAUAUCUUUAUUUUUCGCUCUUACUUUAUUGGUUGUAACAACCAAUAGGGAUGUAUAUGCUAAAGACUUUUGGCGGUUCUUAUCGCAAGACGAGAGCACUUGAAAACCAAUCAGAAAGGAGUAUCAUGAUUCGACGCCUGACCAGGAGCCAAUCACAUUUUCUCAAACUCUCAAAUUAGAUUCUCAAAUGACACCCAAUUAUCCAAUCAAUGUACUUAGACAAAAAUAUAGAGAAUGAUAAUGAAACAUAUACAAGUAUGUCUGCUCAAGUGCCUCCUUUAUGUUUUUGAUUGUAGCCAUUUGACAAAGAACUUGGCAUUGAUUAAUGAAAUUGAAGAAGCUUUGGUUUUUGGUGUGCAUUUUUUAAGUAAAACUGUUCCACCAGAUGUUAUCUCAAAAAAGAAAGGACUGGUACUUGCAUAGGCCUGCCGUAUUAUUGGUGAUAAAGUUGAGUGGUAACGAUGAACAUAAGGUGAGUUAGCUAUCUGCUGCAUUGACUUAGAGAUUUAGCUUCGUUUUUGUCAGUUUAAUGUGACGUUCUUUUGUUGUCGUUUGUUGUUUUUUCAUGAAAGAAAUGUAUCCCCCACGUUUUCCCCCUCACUUGCAUAAAGUUCUCUGCCCACAUCUAUAUAGGUUUCCAACUUGCUCUCAUGAUGAAGUCUGUGUGACAACGGUAUGCUACUUUGGCGCAGGCAAGUAGGGCCUACACAGACAUUUCUGUAAAAUAGGUCAGAUUAGCAUUUUGCUAACAUAGGCUAGGUCAAAUUUGCCAUGUGCUACUGUAUAUGUGCUAGUAGGCUAUGCUAGAUUCUCAUUGGAAUUACUGGAAAAAGUAAGGUGUUAUUAGUGUAAGCAUUGUGUUAAUUCAGAUUAACAUUGUGCUUGUAUAGGCAAAUCAUCCGCACUGCUAACCGCAGCUCAGAGAAAGACCCAUGACAGAUCCCAGCCAAUCCAAUUAGCAUCUGAACCAUUAGCUCCAUAAACUCAAAUCAUUUGCAUGUCCUGAGUUGCUAAUCCUCACUGUGUUGAGUCACUAACAGACAUGGUUAAUAUACUUUACAGACAGAAAGCCAUAGUAACGUUACUCAACAGGAGCAAAUGCAGCGCUAGCUUUGAGAACGUUUGCAAUAUGUUGUCACAGGGCUCCCAACUUUGUUUAGAAUUGUCUUUUCUUUUUUUCUGAUGUUAUACUCUUCUGCUAUGCAUAAGCACUAAAGUGCCUGUCUGCUUGUAUGUGUCUGUCUGCCCCUGUCCUCCCUAUCACUAUUAGGGCUAUCCGUGCAGAAUAUAGCUUGUCUAUUUUUCCCCCAUGCGGCUGUACAAAUCUGUAAAGGUACUUAGUUGAGGUUUUGUUAAUGAUGAUUAUGUCUCAUGAAAUGACUUGAUCAAUGGUCCCGGCUUUAUGGGGUUGGUGCUGUUUGCUUUGCCCCAAAAUGGAGGACUAUCUCUGGGCUCCCAGUGCCAAAACACAAGGAAAGGAAAACUACAGAAAAUACCAGACAACUGAUACUAUAACUACGCUGUGAUUCUUUCAGACAAUACAGGUCUAAAAAAAAAAGAAAAAAAACAGAGUUUUGAUGUCUGGUUCUAAAAGCUGUUGUCACCCUGUCUGCUGUCUUGUAUUUCUUUAGCAGCUUGUUAGGGACUCGUCUUGCCUCAUAGUCUGUGUCACUUUUUACACAUUUCGAAAUGACAUGUUGAUUCAUAAUUACAUGGAGGAAGCCGCCUACCCCCAGAAGGAAAACUAUCACAUAUUACUACAUUAGCCUACUAAGGCGCUUUUCUAUGUUCCUGUCUGUCUGCCCGCCAGGAUCGCUUCAUGCACUUUCUCACCCGUGUCACAUGACUAGGGGCCAGAGGGAAACAAAGCAGCUUUAUGACAAGCUGAUUGGGAUCUUUGGUCUGACUUAUUACCCUUAAUGGUGGCUCAUGCAGUAGUGAAAACACAGCCCGGUCUUCGGCCUCACUGUGUCGGGUGUGUUCCACUUCAGGUUCAUAGCCUGGCUUGACGUUUAACCGAAGGCAGAAGUGGACACAGACGCCCUAACACACAGUGAAUACCUGUAAUGUGACCAGAUACUUAGGGAAAAUGUUGCGACAAAAUGAGUCUUCAUCAGUAAAAUCUGGAGAUAUCGGUCAUUUGCGUCAACCCAAUUUAUAUAAAAAUGUUUUGCUCAAGUUGACUCCUAAACCAAAGUUUGUAGAUAAUGUAUGUUAUAAGAAAACAUGCAUAUAGACAGAAAAACAUUCAACAUGAUAUAAAAGCACCUUACAAACAAGGAUCUGUGAGCAAAGUCUCUCUUCAAGUCUACUAAGAAGAAGUGACUAAGAGGCAAGAGUGUCCUCUUUACGUUGGCUAUAAUAGCUACCUUGUUUAUAGAACUGUUGUGUUAAUAUGAAAAUGUAUGUUGACAAUGACGUAUAAUGAAUGAAGUUGAUUUAAGAAAGAGCUCAGUCUAAACAGGUUUUAACCAGACUAGGGAUUGAACAGAAUAUGUAUCCUUGGCAGAACUGAAGUUGCGCUAUUGUGCUCCUCUGCAUUGAUAGUGGGUUUGUGAUGUUUUUCAAAAGGGACUGGGUGACAUGUCCUUCAUCUUUAGCUUUCUUUCCUUUUGACAAGGAUGAUCCGGAAUGGAAAAUAGGGAUUUUUAUUAGCCUGUGAUGUAGACAACCUCACCUUUGUUGCUUGAAAAAAAGAAAAAAAACAACUGUCAAAGAAAAAAAAAGAAAAAACAGUUGAAGAACAAAGACGUGUUGUUUUCUUUUGUGAGUGACACGGAGACUUCUCCCUGGGUGGAUAUCAAUCAUGACCCUCCACAGCAGGCGUCUGUGAGGCAGCAUGGAUUCACAUGAGAGAACAGCCACACUCUCAGAUAAGCAAAGUGCCUGACACAGUCCCAGCUUCAUGGGCCAGAAGAGCGCUCGCAUUUGCAUGUAACGACACACACAGGCUGUGCAGUUAGCUAAGUGGCAUUGCAAAGAUAACAGAACUGUUAUGUUCAAAGCUCAUGAAGGUGAUUAGUAAUCAUUAUUGAUAACAUCAUUCCCACUCAACAGUGGCUAGUGGCCAAUACAGUUAAUCACUCAACUUACUAGUUUAUGACCCACUGCAAGUGCCUUACAAAUGGCACUCCCUUUCAACCCCCUGCCCCCACCAUCCCCCUCCACACACAUACACCCCACCCCACCUCUCUCAACUCACUUCAAUCCGUUUUACUGGGUAGGAUAAACCUGCCUCACAUCUUAAUCACCCUCCCUCCCUGCUCCUUUCUUUCUCUUCCCCCGUCCGAAAACCGGCAGCAUUUUGAUACCGUCUUCGCCUUCUCCCCUCACAGAUGGCUGAGUAACUCGAUCUCAGUGGAUGUUGUGCUCCGAACCUCCGCGGAGGAUGAGUAGGCAUGAGCGCCGACACCUGUGGAGCACCUGCAGGGGAUCCACACAGAUGCCAUCCUCUCAGUGUCCCGUGCAUGAAUAGGGAGAGCGGAGCGGAUGGAAAAGACACGUGUCGUCACCUUUAGAAUAUCGGAGGUGGUGCCCCCACGCCUGAGGACUGUAAGAAAGCCACUGCAUGUAUCUUCUCUUUCGCUCCGUUCAACCCGUUUUUUGCACUCCAUGUGAAUAAGCAGCCGUUUUCACCCUCUGUCACCUAUUAACAGCUUUUCCCCACCGCUUUCUUAUAUCUGGUUUCUGGCAGUUGGAAUACUAAAGGUUACAAUUUCAAUUUAGUUUUGAAACCUUAAAUAGUUCUGUCUGACCUAAAAAGGGUUCUACCUGAAAUUUCUGGGACAGUUCCUUAUUAUAGAUAUAUAAAGUCCUAUUCUUUCUGUUUAGUUUGCAUAGCUUAGCACUAAUGACAGAUCUGUUAAAGAAACUUGCCUGCAUUAGAGGUCUGGUUUUCACUCCUGACAGGACAGUUAGUGGGACACUGAGCUGGGCUGCAAAUGAAUAGCUUUUCAUUGAGAAAGAGACAGGCAAGUAGGAGGGGAAACAUUAUGAAAUGAAGAUGCACCACUAGGAAGAAAGAAAAGGGUGGAUGGGUUUUAGGAUCCCACUGCCAUCUGGUCUGUAUCGUGGAGUUGUGGUAGCAGUGCCCCUGUCCGGUCAUUGUAGCAUUGGUGGCUUGUGAUCUGUCCCCAGUAAAUCCUGCCAGAGAGAUGGGGAGGGGGAGGGGGGUUGGGUCUGUGCCGAAGCAAGGUAGAGGACAUCGAGUUCAGACAAGAAUAGGGACAGACUGUGAUGUCAUGAACCUGGAGAGGAGAGAGGCUGAUGUGAAUCUCUACGCACAUUUAAAUGUGGAAAAGGGCAGUUGGAUUCUGGUAUUACUUUCAUCAGGCUGACCAACAUUCUAUAAAAUAAAAAGCAAAGAGUAAAGCCUCCCACUCAGAAUCUGCCAUCAUAAUUAACAUGUAGUUAAGAUCAAUAUAAAUAUUUCUGGAGAGACAUAAGACAUACUCAUAACAAGCUGCAGUCCCAUUCAAUCCAAGAUUUUAAAUUGCAGUUGGCAAGUUACCUCACAAUAUAAAAUAUCAAAGAAAGGAUUAUAGGAUUACACUUUCAAAAUGUCAACUUUCGGAUCAAACCUUGGAAAUUGAAAAGAGAGGGCAUCUGAAAUCAUGGGUGCCAUGAGAUGAAGAUUGCUGUGACUAAAACGAGAUAGAAACACACAUACACUUCUUUCAGUAGACAAUAUAUGAGUAGACAAUGUAUAAAACGUUCCCUCCUCCCCUUUGCUAAAGUUAUGCUUGAAAUCUCGUUAGUGACACUCAGUUCGAUUCACUACUCAUUUAAAAGUCAUCAGUUACUUUAAUUUAUCUAUUUUAUGGUUUUAUUUGAAUGUGUCUAACGCUGUUGGGAUUCAAAUGUCGUUAUCAUGCAAAAACAGUAGGAGGGAGAGAGAAAGAAAGAGAGCGCUGCAAUGAUAGAUCGUGAGAAAUGGACGAGAAAGGGUCUGGUAAAGACAACAGGUGGGUUUGUGCAGGCUGCUGGGGCUUGGUGACAGUUCUCCAUCUGGUUCAUAUGUGUGUGUUUGUGUGUGCGUGCGAAUUUUGAAGUAAAACCAAGAACAGGACUAUCCAGUGUGCUCCGGCGUGGUUUGGAGUUGGCCCAAAAAGUCCCCUUGUCACAAACACGUCACAGUCAGGAAAACACACAGGCUGCAGUAGAAACACACAGGCUGCAGUAGAAACACUCAGGCUGCAGUAGAAACACACAGGCUGCAGUAGAAACACACAGGCUGCAGUAGAAACACUCAGGCUGCAGUAGAAACACUCAGGCUGCAGUAGAAACACACAGGCUGCAGUAGAAACACACAGGCUGCAGUAGAAACACACAGGCUGCCGGACACUGGAGAAGAGAUACAUCAAAUGCUACAGGUGUGUUUGUUUUUAAUGUAAAUUAAACCCAUUGAUGUAGGGCUUGGACAUUUUAAACAUACUUCAUGGAGCAGAUGGGGUCAUUAUCUUCAAUAAUGUUUGUUCAGUAGCGUCUCCAUCUAAAUAAAACUGCUGAAAUACUUCA